AUUUUCGGCCGGCGCAUGUCUCCGUGCGCCCAACGAGAACUCCCCCUGCUCCACAUCGUGACGGAGUGGCGCGAUGGAGCUGCGGUCGGCCACCGCCUCAAUCCUCCGUCGUCGUCCGUGCCGCGCCGGCGCCGUCCCUUCCGCUCAGAAGGCGGCGGAGUGGACCGGAUCAGCGCUCUUCCCGACGACCUGCUCCUCCAGGUACUCGUUCGUCUCCGCUGCGCUCGCACCGCCGCCCUCACCAGCGCCGUCGCGCGUCGAUGGCGCGCCCUCUGGAGGUACCUUGCCGAGCUCUCCUUCCGCGGGAUCGCGCCGGACGCCCUCGAAGACGCCCUCGUCCAGGUCGCCCGCCCCACCAUCUCCCUCCUCGAGAUUGACAUACCCGAGGAGCACAGGGACCAGAUUGACCCUGCCCGCGUCUCCGCGCUGCUCCGUACGGCCGCGCGGCUGGCGCCCACGGCUCUGGUCUUCACUGCUUGCGGGAACUUUAAAGAUGGUACGAUUCCUAUCGAGGUUCCUGUCUUCCACCGAGCCACCUCGAUCAAGCUGGAAGUGCAGAACCUGUAUCUAACACCGCCGGCCCAUGGACUUGAGUUCCCUGUGCUGGAGAGGCUGUCCGUCGCUGGCUUCCGCUUCGACAUGGAUGAGCUUAUCCAGCGCUGCCCUCGCCUGCGCGUACUGGGGGUGGGCAACGGCUGGGGUCUCGGUAUGAUCAGAGUCCACUCACCGACGAUUGAGGAGCUUGUCGUGGACUACACCCGUGUGUGAGUGGCAUCGACAUCAUGGCACCUGUGCUUAAGAAGUUCGAGCUGUGGACCUGGAUGAGCUCGGAUUUCAGCGUGUCGUUCAACGCGCCGAUGGUGGAGAAUCUACGGUGGGACAUCUAUUGCAACUUUCAAAAUGUGGGGAUUGAUGUCUGGCGCCUGCGCAGAGUAGGCUUAUGGAAGAAGGAGAGCGUCAAUACCCUAUGGUUGUUCAUACAUGCUCCGGUUUAUGCACUAGAUGCAGAGAGGAACUCCAGUCAAGAGAUAGCAUCACUUCCCAACUUUUCUGUUCUGCAGCUACGUCUGGUAACACGGGGACAUAUUUUUGGGCCCCUUGUGUUGAAUCUACUUGGGAUCUGCAACGUAAUACAAAAUCUUAAGGUGACCAUAGACAAAGACACGUGCAGACAAGUGUGCCCAUCAAAUUGUCCUUGUGAGCAACCCCAAAACUGGAGAAGGCAAACUAUCUCGUUGCCAGCUCUUGAAGAAGUAGAAAUAAAAGGUUUCGAAGGAAAUGGCGACGAAAUUGAUUUCCUGAAACUUCUGUUCAGAUGCACGCCUCUGAUGAAAACAAUGACCGUGACACUGGCCCCUGAGGUUUUACCAACGAGCAGAGGAUGCGAGAAAACCUACAGAAUUUUUAGGGAAAACCCAUCUGUGAAAUGCCGUGUUUAUCGCAGCGGUGGGGAGGAAGUUCUGUACCCAUGAUGGUCAAAUGCUUCUGGUUGUAAUCAGAGAUACCAGCUAUGUUGUCUAAGCUUGAACGCCUGUUGUGUAUUACUUACCCUAGCCUUCAUAUUUUGCUGAAGAUUCCAGAACAGUUCAAUUAAUAUGUUUUCUGUUCUGGACGCUGAUCAAAAUGUGUUGAUGCGAAUUAACAUGCUUGGUUUUGA